ACCUCAACUCGUCAGACCGAGUCGUCUGCUUGCUGUUUUUGUAUCUGUGUGUGUGCGUUUAUUUUUUAAUGUCUUCGGUGUGUGCUCGUUUAUAUGAAACAGAGUCGAGCAACCAACAAUCACACUUUGUGUUGUGUUUCCCCAUAGCCAGCUGGAUAUAUUCCUUCACUGUCAACGCAAGGUAGGACUCCACUCGUGUCAGCAUAGCCAGCUAGCGUGGAAAACAAACAAGCAAGCAAAACCUAGACUGCCGUGACUAGACUAACCAAGAGACUACCGUGAAAACCACAAAAAGAGAGAUCAGCGUUUCAGCCACAUUUGGAACAGAUGGCAGAGCCUCGCAGCCCCGCUCCGGUACCACAGAACCCUGUUGGCCUUUCUUCGGAGGGGUCCAUGGUGGUGGAGAUGGACCCCGUGGAGUAUACACUCCGCAAACGGCUGCCUCGGAAACUACCAAAGCGGCGCAACGACGUGUAUGUCAACAUGAAGACGGACUUCAAAGCUCAGCUUGCUCGAUGCCAGAAGCUGUUGGACGGCGGAGGCACCGGCGGCCACCGCGAAAUCUGCAUUCACGGACUCGGACUGGCUAUCAACCGUGCAAUUAACAUUGCGCUGCAGCUCCAAGCGAGCAGCCAGGGGGCGCUGCAGCUCGCCGCAAACACCUCCACUGUCGAGCUGGUCGACGAUCUGGAGCCGGAGGACCCGGACGAAGCCGGUGAGCCCAUCACGCGUACUCGGAAUAACUCGGCCAUUCACAUUAAGGUUUUCUACCCCGACCCUCAAUGAAAAUGGGCCGUCUGCAGAAAUCUAUAAACACAGCCAUUGUUCCCCUCGUACUCCAGUACCAACUUUUACAUUCUUUCAUCAACUAUUAUCUCUUGUACCUUUGCAUGGUUUAGAGUAUAAGCAGGCCCAUUGAUGUGACGAUAAAGUGUCACCUUAUGUAUUUUUUUUUUCACACAUGAAUAUCAUUGGGAUGGACACAGAUGUGUAGUGUGUGGAUGGCCAACAAUAUUUUUUUAAAAGCUGAUACUGAGUUCAUGAUCUGAAAGGAAAUGGCUCAGUUAUGGCCACGUGGAGAAAUCUUGAUUUGUUUACAUUAAGAAGUAUCUGUAGGACUGUUGUCUGCUUGUGACUAAAUCCUCUAGUAAUGUUUAUUUGAUUCAUUUUUUAUAAGUGAUGUAGAGUGGUGUUCCUUUUUGGUUGUGUAAGAAUGCCAUAUAUAUUGACAUGGUAUGAAACACAGUAUGAAUUGUGCAUGGCAUCUGCUCAUACAGAUGGCGUGUUGGGCAGGUUAGACCAAGACUGAAGUGAAGUCGAUAUUUGAGCUCAGCACCUUACCAACUGAUGUACCUCCCCUCAAUUUAUGAAGCAACAUGUAGGAUAGUGGGACACUUCAAGCUAUUGUGUUUCCCAUAUGCAGAGCCAGGACAGUGUAUAAAUGCUAGAACCCCCCCCAUCCCAUCCUAUUUUCUUUUCUGUGUGCACACACAGGAAAGUCAGCUUGUGGACUGUGAGGAGCAAUCUUCUGAAUUUGAAUUUGACUUUGACUGAAUAAAAUGCAUUGGAUUAGUCACAGAUUGAA